AUGUCGGACGAGGAGCUGCCUUUGCCCGAGGAUCAGGCUGUGGACACCGGCAUGCUGCCGUGCUACAGGCGGCUGACUCGACUGUACUGCAUGAAUGGCGGACAUCACCUCCAGAUCCUCCCCGAUGGGACCGUGCAGGGCCAGAGGGACGACAGGGACGUUCACACUGUUCUGAAGCUCAAAGCUGUGGACAGAGGUGUGGUGGUCAUCCAAGGAACGGAAGCUGGGCGAUAUCUGGCCAUGAGUGACGAGGGGCGAUUGUACAGCUCCGCCACAGUGACUGAUGAAAGUUACUUCCUGGAGAAGUUGGAGGAGAAUCACUACAACACAUAUCUGUCUCAGAAGCAUCGGGAGAGGAGCUGGUACGUAGGCCUGAAAAAGAACGGAAAGCCUAAACUGGGUCCGAGGACUCACGUCGGACAGAAGGCCAUCUUCUUUCUGCCCCGACAGCUGCGCGACUCCAGUGAGUGA